AGCUCGGGCUCCGGCGCCCCGGCGACGGCCGCCAUGGGCAACAAACAGACCAUCUUCACGGAGGAGCAGCUGGACAACUACCAGGACUGCACCUUCUUCAAUAAGAAGGACAUCCUCAAGCUCCACGCACGGUUCUACGAGCUGGCCCCCAACCUCGUCCCCAUGGACUACAGGAAGAGUCCCAUCGUCCACGUGCCCAUGAGCCUCAUCAUCCAGAUGCCGGAGCUCCGGGUACGAGAGAGGCCGCUGCUGCCGGGCAGGAGAACCCCUUCAAGGAAAGGAUCGUGGAGGCUUUUUCUGAGGACGGCGAGGGGAACCUCACCUUCAACGACUUUGUGGACAUGUUCUCCGUGCUGUGUGAGUCGGCUCCCCGGGAGCUCAAGGCAAACUAUGCCUUCAAGAUCUACGACUUCAACACGGACAACUUCAUCUGUAAGGAGGACCUGGAGCGCACACUGGCGCGGCUCACCAAGUCGGAGCUGGACGACGAUGAGGUGGUGCUCGUGUGUGAGAAGGUCAUCGAGGAGGCCGACCUGGAUGGCGACGGCAAACUGGGCUUCGCAGACUUUGAGGACAUGAUUGCCAAGGCCCCCGACUUCCUCAGCACCUUCCACAUCCGGAUCUGAGGACCCUGCCGAGGGCACAGGGGCCCCAAGGCCAACCACCUGGGUCUGCUGUCUGCACGACUGUGACCUCCGGGCUGUCCAUAAAAGAGGCUGUGGCCUCUGGGGUUAGACCCACCAACAUUUUCUUGGCCCUUUCAGCAAAAAAUCCUUAACCAGGGAAGGCGGGUGUGGGGAGCAGGGCCCUUCCCAGGCCCCGCCACAGGCCCUCCGUCUGUGCCCCCGAGCCCCCCAGACCGCGGUCCUCUCCCUUUCAGAAAUUGCCCCACUGGGAGGGGGAGGCAGAGACCUCACGGGGCAGGGGACACGGACGUGUCCCAAGCGCUGGGCUGGCGUCCUGACGGCCCAGGGCAAAGCGAAAAGGGA